AUGUGGCAAGAAGCGAUGAUGAGGCGGCGCCGCUAUUUGCUGGAGCGGGCAGAGCAGGCGGCCGACGGGGGCUGCGGGGUGAGCAGCGAGCAGCCCCGCUCCCGGGACUGGCUUUACGAGUCCUACUACUGCAUGAGCCAGCAGCACCCGCUCCUCGUCUUCCUGCUGCUCAUCGUGAUGGGCGCCUGCCUGGCGCUGCUCGCCGUCUUCUUCGCUUCGGGGCUGGAAAUUGACGAUCAUGUGGCAUUUUUAAUAACCGUUCCAACAGCCCUAGCAAUCUUCUUUGCCAUAUUUAUCCUUGUCUGCAUAGAAUCUGUGUUUAAGAAGCUGCUCCGUAUUUUCUCUUUGGUGGUGUGGGUGUGUCUUGUUGCCAUGGGAUAUCUCUUCAUGUGUUUUGGAGGUAUCAUGUGUCCCUGGGACCAGGUAUCAUUUUUCUUGUUCAUUAUAUUUGUGGUAUAUACCAUGCUGCCCUUCAACAUGAGAGAUGCUAUAAUUGCCAGCGUCUUGACCUCUUCAUCCCACACCAUUGUGCUGAGCAUCUGUCUAUCAACUACAGCCAUCAUAAAGGAACACUUGGUUUGGCAGAUAUUGGCAAAUGCUAUCAUUUUUAUCUGUGGAAACCUGGCAGGAGCAUACCACAAGCACCUCAUGGAACUUGCUUUGCAGCAGACAUAUCAGGACACCUGCAACUGCAUCAAGUCCCGCAUUAAGUUGGAAUUUGAGAAGCGGCAGCAGGAACGUCUUCUACUUUCUUUACUGCCUGCUCACAUUGCCAUGGAAAUGAAAGCUGAGAUUAUUCAGAGGUUACAAGGCCCCAAAGCAGGCCAGCUGGAAAAUACAAACAACUUUCACAAUUUAUAUGUCAAGAGGCACACCAAUGUGAGUAUUUUGUAUGCUGAUAUUGUAGGAUUCACUCGGCUGGCUAGUGACUGCUCACCUGGAGAACUGGUGCACAUGCUUAACGAGCUCUUUGGCAAGUUUGAUCAAAUUGCAAAGGAAAAUGAAUGUAUGAGAAUUAAAAUCUUAGGUGAUUGCUACUACUGUGUAUCUGGACUACCUAUAUCUCUUCAGAAUCAUGCCAAGAACUGUGUGAAAAUGGGAUUGGACAUGUGUGAAGCCAUAAAGAAGGUCAGAGAUGCAACUGGAGUUGAUAUCAAUAUGCGUGUAGGAGUGCAUUCUGGAAAUGUCCUUUGUGGUGUUAUUGGGCUACAGAAGUGGCAGUAUGAUGUAUGGUCACAUGAUGUUACAUUGGCAAACCACAUGGAAGCUGGAGGAGUCCCAGGCCGUGUUCACAUUACUUCAGUCACCUUGGCACAUUUGAAUGGAGCAUACAAAGUGGAAGAAGGGGAUGGAGAUGUAAGGGACCCAUAUCUGAAGGAGCAUAAUGUUAAAACCUACUUUGUAAUCAAUCCCAAGGGAGAAAGGCGAAGUCCUCAGCACCACUUCAGACCCCGGCAUACCUUAGAUGGAGCUAAAAUGAGAGCCUCUGUCCGCAUGACCCGGUACCUGGAAUCUUGGGGUGCAGCCAAGCCAUUUGCACACUUACACCACAGGGACAGCAUGACCACUGAAAAUGGCAAGAUUAGUACCACAGAUGUGCCAAUGGGUCAGUAUCAUUUCCAGCGUUGCAGAGAAAGAACAAAAUCACAGAAGAAAAGAUUUGAAGAAGAAUUGAAUGAGAGGAUGAUUCAGGCCAUUGAUGGAAUCAACGCUCAAAAGCAAUGGCUUAAAUCUGAAGACAUUCAAAGAAUAUCACUACUUUUCUAUAACAAAACUCUGGAAAAAGAAUACAGAACAACUACACUGCCAGCAUUCAAGUAUUAUGUGACAUGUGCUUGUCUCAUAUUCUUCUGCAUUUUUAUCGUGCAGAUUCUGGUAUUACCAAAAACAUCUAUCCUUGGAAUUUCCUUUGGGGUGGCAUUUCUCUUGCUUUCCUUCAUUCUUUUUAUCUGUUUUGCUGGACAGCUUUUGCAAUGCAGCAAUAAAGCCUCAGCUUCACUGUUGUGGAUUUUGAAAUCAUCUGGAAUAAUUGCAAACCGUCCCUGGCCACGAAUCACUCUCACAUUGACAACUACUACUAUAACAUUAACGAUGGCCAUAUUCAAUAUGGAUCCUGCCCCAUGGUAUGCAAACCCGUGGAUGGCACCACCCAUGCCCUUCCCACCACAGUGGCAAUAUUGGGCUCCAUGGACCCUUUAUAUUCGGGAUCACACUCAUUAUGUCACCAAAGGCAGGGGUGAGAUCUGCUUGGUACCGCCAGUAGACGAAUCUGCCACUGAGUCACGACAUCAGGCAGCCCCUUCACACCUGCAGGAUCAGUCACGGUCUACCUCCUCCAACCCAGUAGACCCAGUAGUUACACCAGACGAAGCAUUACUCCCUCCUCCCCCGAUGUCUUUGGAUGAUUUCUCAAAAUAUCAGGACCUCUUUAAAAGAGUUGCCAAUGAGCUAAGGAUUAACCUGGAAGAAGUUCCUGAACAACAACAUGAGCUAACCCACAUCCUGCAACUAUCUACUUCUUCCAGGAUUGCAUUUUACCUUAUCAACGCAGCCCUCAUGGAACCUGCCAAAGCCAUCUGGCAAACACCGGCUGCAAGCCUACCUACCUGCAAGCGAGCAGAUCGGAAGUACUUUAUUCCUUCCAAGGGUUCUGAAUUCCUUUCACUCAUCCAGCGCCAAAAUUCGCUGUACUUUAUCUAUAGCUGCAUUCUGGGGCUGAUAUCCUGUUCUGUUUUCCUGCGGAUAAAUUAUGAGUUGAAAAUGGUGAUAAUGCUGAUUGCAUUGGUGGGCUACAAUGUCAUCCUCCUGCACACUCAUGGCUCCACACUGGAUGAUUACACUGUGUUUCUGUUUUACAGGCCAGGAAUAUUGAAAGACCUGAAGACAAUGGGUUCUGUGUCUCUCUUUAUAUUCUUCGUGACAUUACUAGUUCUUGGUAGACAGAAUGAAUAUUACUGUAGGUUAGACUUCCUGUGGAAGAACAAGUUCAAAAAAGAGCGUGAGGAGAUUGAGACCAUGGAGAACCUGAAUCGGGUGCUGCUGGAGAACGUGCUUCCUGCACACGUGGCUGAACACUUCUUGGCAAGGAACCUGAAGAAUGAGGAGUUAUAUCACCAGUCAUAUGACUGCGUCUGUGUCAUGUUUGCCUCUAUUCCGGAUUUCAAAGAAUUUUACACAGAAUCUGAUGUAAAUAAAGAAGGCUUGGAAUGUCUCAGACUGCUAAAUGAGAUCAUUGCUGACUUUGAUGAUUUGUUGUCUAAACCAAAAUUUAGUGGAGUUGAAAAGAUCAAGACCAUUGGAAGCACUUACAUGGCAGCUACAGGACUGAGUGCUACGCCCAGCCAAGAACACAGUCAGGAACCUGAACGGCAGUAUAUGCACAUAGGAACUAUGGUGGAGUUUGCAUUUGCCCUAGUGGCAAAACUGGAUGUAAUAAACAAGCACUCAUUCAAUGACUUCAAGUUACGAAUAGGCAUCAACCAUGGACCUGUAAUAGCUGGAGUAAUUGGAGCUCAGAAACCACAGUAUGACAUCUGGGGCAACACAGUGAAUGUGGCUAGCAGGAUGGACAGCACUGGUGUCUUAGAUAAAAUACAGGUUACAGAGGAGACGAACAACGUCUUACAAACGCUGGGGUAUAUGUGCACUUGCAGAGGAAUAAUAAAUGUAAAAGGAAAAGGAGAACUGAAAACAUAUUUUGUACAUACUGAAAUGACAAGGUCCCUUUCACAAGGGAAUGUGGCAUCCUGAAGAAUAUUUUUAGGUGUCAACAAUACCGUAUUUUCAGGAAAGUAUCACACACUUUUUAACUCCAUUUUGGCCCUUAACUUGAAUGUGCGUGUUAUUUUCCGGUAUUAUGGAACUAUUAUUUUAGUAUGGCUGCAGAAUGGUCCGAUAAUCCAGCAGUACGCACCUCACUGUUCUUAUAUUCCAGGGCAGUUGUGUUGUGUGCUAUAGGACUAGAAGACAGUACUGCAACUUGCACUGUUACUUCAAGACAAGAAAGAAGAAACAGAGAUUGAUAAAGAGACUAAAAUGCAGAGGCUGAUACCAAAGGGACUAAGAUGAUGUUAGUGAUAAACAAAAACAAUCUUAAGGCAAUAAAGCUAGGGGUGCAUAAUAUUUUCUGGUGCAUGAUGUUUCCUGGAAGAUACGGUAGCUCCCCAAUAGCAUCCACUAGUCUGACAUUAAAAUAUACAGUAUUUUGUAAAUAAGUUGAUUCUGUCCCUCCAUAUACAAUUUGGAUAUGUUCACCAGUUGUGUCUCAUAGCCAGUGACAUGUUGGGGGCACCUGGUUGGCAUUCUUUCCUGGAGACAG